AUGAAUCCUGUUGUGCACCUUACAAGAGAUGGGGAACCAUUUGAACACCCUGAAAAGUAUCACAAGUUGGUUAAAAAGUUGAAUUAUCUUACUGUGACUCGUCCAUAUAUUACAUUCUAUGUUAAUGUGGUCAGACAGUUUAUAUCAUCUCCAACAAUUCAUCAUUGGGAAACAUUAGAGCAAAGUUUGUGUUAUUUGAAAGGAGCACCUGAACCAGACAUCGUGUACACAAAUCAUGGGCACACUCAUAUUAAGCAUUUCUCAAACGCAGAUUUGGCAGGUUCUAAGGUCGAUAGAAGAUCCACUUCAGGUUACUGUAUUUUUGUUGAAUGGAAUUCGAUUUCUGGGAAGAAUAAGAAGUAG